AUGUCAUUACUGCCGUUUAGCAGGAGCAGAGCCCGCACGCAAAGGGCGGAAAGAGCCAUCUCCCCAAGUCCACACAACAGCGGGCAGCUGCGGCACAACUCGCCUGGGUCCCCAGCCCAGUCCAGCCCUCUGCUGGGACCCCUGCAAAGCCGGAGGCAGAAGAGCUGGAAGGAGGAGGAAGAGGUAGGGGGAGGGGAGGACGGACCAUGGAUGUGGAGGGUGGGGGAGAAGCAGAGCAGAGCCCGCACGCAAAGGGCGGAAAGAGCCAUCUCCCCAAGUCCACACAACAGCGGGCAGCUGCGGCACAACUCGCCUGGGUCCCCAGCCCAGUCCAGCCCUCUGCUGGGACCCCUGCAAAGCCGGAGGCAGAAGAGCUGGAAGGAGGAGGAAGAGCCCCAGGAGGCCGACACCCCGAAGCCGGAGUCCUCCUACGACUACCUGGAGGAGAUGGACACUUGUGAGGACGGAGGCUGCCCGGGGCCACCUAAGUCACUGUCCUCCAAGGCUGGCCCCGCUGCCACUAAAGGACAGGCGGGCGAUGGACCCGAACCCGCGGAGCUGCCCUCGGUCCCAGCCACGGCGGCGCCGGGGACCGCAGUGCGAGAGUGCAACGCCGAGAUGGAGCUGGAGAAGGUGCGCAUGGAGUUCGAGCUCACGCGGCUCAGGUACCUGCACGAGGAGAACGAGCGCCAGCGGCAACACGAGGAGGUGAUGGAGCAGCUGCAGCAGCAGGCGACGCCCCGCCUGUUCUCGGGAGGCCUCCAGGACCUCCUGCUUCCCCGGAACCAGUUCGCCAUGUUCCUGCACUGCUUCAUCUUCAUACACGUAAUCUACGUCACCAAGGAGAUGAUCUUCUUUCUCUUCUCCAAGCACUACCUGUUCUGCAUUGCGGCCAUUUUGCUCUGUUUGAUUAAAACUUUAUGGUCAUACUUCCAAGUGCCUUCGCGCUCUCUCCAUCACUGGGCACCUCCUUCCCUCACCUGCGCCCCCCUCCCCCAGUCAGAACUUGCUGUCAGGAAAGGAAACCAAAGAGAGUUUCCAAACCCCAGGUCUCCUUUCGACAGCUUGCCAAGUAAGAGUGAUGGAAAGGCCCUCCCGCUCCCGCCACCGCUGCCGCCCCAAAGUCCGCUUUGGGUGCCGGAGGCCGAACCACGGACUUGA